GCCAAAGAGGGAUUGCGGGACUGAUGCGCUGCGCCUUCAUCCAGCUGCAGCGUCCCAAAGCGCAGGGCAUUGGCGAUGGCGGAGAUGCCGUUUCCCCGCUUCACGACACCGAGCUGCUUCGGUUUAUUCUUCGGAACAUUUCUCACGAAGCUUGCGCACGAGACCGACCGUUAAAAAUUCAAAUCGUGGAACACCUUGCUGACGGUUGCACGCCAAACGGUCCCCGACUAACCUCUGCAUUAUUCUGUACAAGGGUUCACGUAUUGGGGUUUUUUUUUCUCCCCAAAAUUUUUGAAUUAUUCUGUUAAAAAAAGGACUUUUUUGGAAUCAUUUACGUUUAUGAAUUUUAAUAAGGUUGGUAACGGGAUUAAAUUUAAGCGCUUUUUUUUAGGUAUGUGUGUGUGAUUUAUUUUAUUUUUUUUUAAUGUAUUUAUUUAUUUAUUUAAUGGUACUGAAGAAGUGCUCGUGCUCGUAUUCAGCCUUGUAGUCACGCUAUAACCUUCACGUGCACGUCAAUGACAGCUAGCACGGCUAGCUCGGUGUGUUCAGGAUUUAACGUCGAUAUUUGACGUUGUUAUUGAUUUUAUUCCGUCUAAUUGAACGGAGGGAUGAGAGAGGAAAAACAGGCGGAAAGGACGAAUUACAGGUACUUGGUAACAUCCGGUGGGACGCGUUUUGACUCACAGCAGCUUCAGGUGUCGAGGUUUUGACAGUUCGUCCAUUUAGUACAGACCCACUUCCAGUCAGUCAGGCAGGCAUAACGAGUUUUCUGGCGUGUUUGCUAAAAAAAAAAUAAUAAUAAUAAAAAAACAUGGCUUCUGGAGUUGCCAGCCUCGCCUCCUCCAUCGCCAGCAAAACCAAAACGAAGAAAAAACACUUCAUGCCGCAGAAGAAGAAGCUUUUCCGGUCCAGCGACCCUCUUCUCAGUGUGCUGAUGUGGGGAGUCCACCACUCGAUCAAUAACCUCAGUCACAUCCAGAUCCCUGUAAUGCUGAUGCCCGAUGAUUUCAAAGCCAACUCCAAGAUCAAAGUGGACAAUCACCUCUUCAACAAAGAGAAUAUGCCAAGCCAUUUCAAGUUUAAAGAGUACUGUCCUCUUGUCUUCCGAAAUCUGAGGGAGAGGUUUUCCAUCGAUGAUCAGGAAUAUCAGAACUCUCUGACGCGUAGCGCGCCGAUCCCGAGCGACGCCCAGGGCCGUAGCGGCGCACGCUUUCACACCUCCUACAACAAGAAGUACGUCAUCAAGAUCAUCACCAGCGAAGACGUGGCCGAGAUGCACAACAUCCUGAAAAAGUAUCAUCAGUAUAUAGUGGAGUGCCAUGGCAACACACUGCUGCCUCAGUUCCUGGGCAUGUACCGCCUCACGGUGGACGGAGACGAGACGUACAUGAUCGUCACGCGCAACGUGUUCAGCCCCCGUCUACCCGUGCACAAAAAAUACGACCUGAAGGGAUCCACCGUGUCCAGAGAGGCUAGCGACAAAGAAAAGCCACGCCCACCUGAAGAUGGGGCUCCAGCCAAAUCUCGCAUGAGCCAAAAGCUCCAAACCAUUCGGAUCGCCACACGCUUUUACUGCGCCAUCAGACAUACUAAGGAACUCCCAACAUACAAAGACAAUGACUUCAUCAACGAUGGACAGAAGAUCUAUAUAGACGAGGAGAACAAGAAGAUGUUCCUAGAGAAGCUAAAGAACGAUGUGGAGUUUCUAGCCCAGCUGAAGCUAAUGGACUACAGCCUGCUUGUUGGGCUCCAUGACGUGGAGCGCGGAGAGCAGGAGCAGCCGGAGGAGGAGAUCGAGGACAACGAAGGAGGAGAGGAGGAGGGAGCUGAGAGCGAUGGAGGAGUGACCGGGUCGCCACCCGAGAGUCCCAGCAACACGCUCGACAGCAACAGGCCGCUCGGUCCAGGAGAGUUCGAUCCCAGCGUGGACGUCUAUGCCAUACGCAGUCACGAGAAUGCCCCCAAAAAAGAGGUGUACUUCAUGGCCGUAAUCGACAUCCUCACACCAUAUGACGCUAAGAAGAAAGCAGCACAUGCAGCUAAGACGGUGAAGCACGGGAUCCCUAAUCAGCAAGCCAGAGGUGACAGUGAUGAGGAAAAACUCCCUGAGACGACAUGAAGAACAAACCUUACUGUAAGAGGAACCAGACUCCAAAGAAAACCCGUCGUCUUCUCGAUGGCAUCCGAUUCUAGCGCGAUUAAACACUCAUUACAGUAUUCGGGUGUGAGAGAGUAAAGACAGACUGUACUAAGUGUGUUGAGAGGAUGUUCAGUUUGAGCAGAUUGUGAUUAAGAGUGCUGGGAUGAGCACUGGGCAGUGUUUAUGAUUACAGCAGUUCUUAGAGACAGAUCUACAGUAUACAGGUAUGCAGAGAUUAUUCACUCCAGCAACUAGAAUAAAAUCCACAGUUUGAAAUAGUAAGUGUUUUUAUUGUUUCUGGUUACACAUUCAUUCGAAAAAACGCCUCAUCUGCCAUUUCAUUUGAAAAAACGCUUUAUGCUCUAGAUGUUUGUAGUGAUAUUGAUCCUCCACCUUGCACUCAUCUAACUUCGCUUGAGCUAGUAAAAGUUAUAUAAUAAUGUUUAAAGGUGCAGUCAGCAGUUUAUCCUGUAAACUCAGAAUUGAAACUGUUACAGUCCUUUCUUUAGGGAUUUCUUUCUUAAUAUGACAGAGUCACCUCGUUGUCCUUAACGUGUCCUGAUCGUUUGGACGGUUGUAGUUGACGUUAUUUGUUUAUUCUCCCUUUUACAGAGGGAGAUAUAUUUGACAUGUUUUAUUGACAGAUGAAGGUAUGUGAGAAGUCUCAGACAACUCAGCUUUAUUCAGGGGCCUUUAUUUUAAAAGUACAUGAAGCCCACGAGAAAAGCGUUCGUCCUAUCGUCAGGAGACCGGCAGUUCAAAUCCCGACGUUGCCACGAGUAUAUGCGGCUGUCCAGGAGCCAAAGGAGCAAAAUUGGCUGCGUUCUCUCUCUUAGGCUACAUCCACAUUAAUCCGUAUAAAUUUGAAAACGCAUCUUUUUUUUCCUCCACGUUUCGGCCUUCCGUCCACACCGAGACGGCGUUUUUGUCGUCCGGUGAAAACGCUCUCCCGAGUGGAUACACUCGAAAACGCAGUUCAAAACUGAGCUAUUCAAAAACUAUGUAUUUUUAGUCAUGUGAUGCGGUCAUGUGACUCAUUCAACUCAACUUUAUAGUCUCGGGUUACCCGUAGCAACAACUCUGUCCGUAUGAGCAACUCGGUGCCUUUCCUCGACAUUGCCGCAUCAGUUCAAAGAGACAGACAGCAAAUAAACGCCUGACCGAAAUGAUACAGGAUAAAGAUUUUAACAGAUGAACUUCCAUCAGUUAGUAUUUCAUUUUUUU